AUGAUCGAUGACGAUACGCUGAAAGAAGGAAUCAACCCCCCCGACUUGGACUACGAGAACAUGUCAGAAGAAGAAGUCACCAACAGAAUGCAAGCGGGUAUAGCUGGUCUGCUGGCCAACUUGGAGCAAUCUCCGGAGCUGCAAGCUGAGUUUGAAGAAAUGUUCAAGCAAAUGGGUGCCGAGAUGAGCGCCCAAUUCGAUACUGAAGAACAGGAAGAAGCGCAAACUACCAGCAAAGACAAAGCCAAGAGUACGCCUGCCGCCACCGCAACUCCCACCGCAACUCCCACCGCAACUCCCACCGCAACUCCCACCACGGCUGCUACCACAGCUGCUCCCGCCGCGGCUCCGACGACCGCUACAUCGAGCACCCCUCAACCGGCGGCAGGCGAAAAGUCUGGUGCAGCGUUCCAAGAUACCAUUCGUCGUACCAUGGAGCGCAUGCAGUCAUCUGGUGACCAAGCCACCGCAGCGGCUGCAGCGGGCGGCGAUGACGACUUCUUGACUGAAAUGCUCAAGCAGCUUACCGCUGGCGACUUUGCCGGUGGCAGCGAAGAGGACUUUUCCAAGAUGCUCAUGGGCAUGAUGGAGCAGUUGACAAACAAGGAGAUCCUGUAUGAGCCAAUGAAGGAACUGCAUGACAAGUUCCCCGCGUGGCUCGCCAAGAACAAGGAUGCGACUCCUGCUGAGGACCUGAAGAGAUACGCAGAGCAGCAGACGAUUGUGGGAGAGAUUGUGGCCAAGUUCGAUGAGCCCACCUACUCAGACUCUAACGCGACUGAUAGAGAAUACAUUGUUGACAGGAUGCAAAAGGUAAACUCUGACCUUUUGUUUGGCCUUUCCUCUUGCGAAACAUGA